AUGGGAUUCACCAUCAACAAAGUCCUAACAGGCUACAUAAUCGCAGACCUCCUCUUCCUUCUGGGCGGCGUUAUCCUCUUGCUGGGCUCACGGCUAGGCGAAGCAAGCCUCCAUCAUGAAAGAAACGUUGAAAACGUCAUGAGGUCGCUCCUCAUCCCUCGUUGUCCUAUAAUCCCUUCCCUUGCCAACGCAAUCUCCGUCUUUGCAACCUUCCUAUGCUCGAUACCGGUCAUUGUGUUUCCUCAGAGCGGAAGAUGGCUACAGGUUCAUGGCUGGCUACUUGUUUUCACCGGCAUAUUCACUCUUAGUCUAGGUCUGAGUGUUUGGUACGAAGCUUUGCGCACCCGCUCGACGCUCCAGCCGAUGUGGUCCAGGGAGACGGGCGACAUACAAGGCCUGCUGCAGAAGAGGUUUGAUUGUUGCGGGUUUGAAAACAGUACCUCGCCACUAUACCAUUAUGACUCGACUUGUAUGUCGGAUCUGCUUGCGGCGCAGAAACCAGGCUGUAUAGGGCCGAUGUCUGAUUAUGCAUUUUCGUUCUUUGGCAAUAUAUCCACUGCCACCUUUGGUAUUGUUGUGAUUGAUACCGUUCUCCUACUGUGCGUUGCGAUGCUGUUCAAAGAUCGCAAGGAUAGGACGAGAUACAGGCUUAUUGACGAGAAGUAUGAGCUCGGCAUGAGACAAACAUGA